AUGGCUUUACCUCCCAGCACUGCAAACUUGGACCGUACGCAGAUCGUGCCGUCGCACGAUGGUCCACAUGUAUUGCCCAACAAUCCCUUGUUCACCAGGCUACUGCGGCACGCGCAUCGCAACCGCCUUGCCAUCAUAGAUCAGGUGCUUAGCGUCUCCAAAACAUACGGGGAGCUGCUCGAUGCGGUUCUAGGGUUCAGGGAGGUCAUACGAGCAGCGUUGCCUUCCGAGGUGCAGCACCAGCUGAGCGGCGGUUAUGAGGUGUAUUUUGGAGUACUGGCUGGGGGCGGCUAUGAGUUUACCGUCGCCGUGUUGGCGGUGCUGGCCUUAGGGGGAGCAGUGGUACCUAUGUUCCCCACGGCGCCCACAGAAGAGAUUGUCUACUACGCCACCAAGUCACAGCAGGUGGCCAUCCUGUCCAGCUCAGCGACGACCCAACUUGCGCAGCAGUCGGCGCAGCGCUGUGGCAUUCCGCAGCUCAGCAUUUUACCCAACCUACCUCGCACGACCCGCUUAAAGCCAUUUGACAUAUCAUUGUCAUCCAACUCGCCACAAGACCCCAGCGCACCCGGCGUGGUCAUCUUCACUUCUGGCACAACCGGCAAGCCCAAGGGCGUAGUGCUGCGACGGACCUAUACACACGAGGGCGCUAUCACCGUCGGCGACAGCUACGGCAUCACACACACAGACGUACUUCUACACACGCUGCCCGUCCACCACACCACCGGUCUAGGUACUUCGUUUUUCCCUUUUCUCAACGCAGGAGCCUGCAUUGAGUUCCAUGGCAAGUUCGACGCCGCCACCGUGCUCAAGCGCUGGCUGCAGGGUGGCCUGACUAUCUUCUCUGCUGUGCCCACUAUCUACAUGCGCCUGAAGUGGUUCAUCGAGCAGCUCCCAACGCACGAGCAGAUCCCUUAUAAGCAGUCAGCUGGCCAGUUCCGUGCGUUCCUGUGUGGAUCUAGCGCUCUGCAAGAGCACGUACAGGACUUCUGGACCGCUUCAAUGGGCCAACCCAUCCUCACCCGCUACGGCGCUACCGAAAUUCCUGGCUGUAUACGUGUGUCUCUUGAGCUUCAGAAUCUUCCCAAGGGAAGCGUGGGCCAGCCUCUGCCAGGAGUAGAGCUUAGGAUGUCGCCUGAGGGUGAGUUGUUGGUUAAGACGCCCAACAUGUUUGCCAAGUACCUCAUGGAACCGGAGACAACGAAGAAUGCGCUUGAUGCCGAUGGCUGGUACAAGACCGGUGACAUCGCACGACGUGAGGGGAACUUCUACUUCAUCGAGGGCCGCGCGUCAGUCGAUAUUAUCAAGUCUGGUGGUUAUAAAAUCUCGGCGCUGGACGUUGAGCGCGCGUGCCUGACGCUGCCAUACGUGAACGAGGCCAUGGUAGUGGGCGUCGAGGACGACGAGUUUGGGCAGCGUGUUGGCGCGGUGCUGGCGGUGAAGAAUGCGUCGGAUGUCACCCUCGCCACAGUCAGGAGUACUCUUAGGGAUCAGCUGGCCGGGUAUAAGCUCCCCACCGUGCUCAGGGUGGUGGAAGGGGAGAUCCCGAAGGGUGCCACAGGCAAGGUGCAGAAGAAGAUCCUGGGACCGAAGCUCAUUCCAAGUCCCGGAUACGAGGAGAUACCUCAAGUGCAGGUAUGGAAGAAACUGAAGCAGGCGAGGCCGCUGCAGGCAAGACUGUAA